AUGUCUGCUCGUGCUUACAACACUGGGCAGCGCCUGUACAAUAUAGCUGUUGUUAUAGCGACGUUGUACUUUUUGCAGCUCUUUGGCGAUUGUCUUUGCAUUGAGAAAUUCACGAAUGUGCAGUGUUCGUCGUUCGAUGAAAAAUUCGCCACAUUCGAAAUGUGUCGUCUGCGUGCAGUGAAGCGUGACGUCAACGAGUUGUCGGUGGCACUGAAGUUCGUACAAUCAAACGAAACGAUGCGGAAUGCGACGAUACGCUUGCAGCUCAUGAAAAAAGCUAGCGGUUAUAAGCCCUUUCUGUAUGAUGUUACCGUGAACUUGUGUGAAUAUUUGGAAAAGCGUAACCACCCAUUUCUCAACAUUAUUUUCAAUGCAUUCGGCAAUCACUCGACCAGCUUACAAAGGUGUCCAUUGAGGAAUGAGCUGGCCAUUGAACACCUACAAUUUCCUACUGGCAUGCUGCAGGGAUUGCCACUGCCAUUGGGCGAUUAUGCGAUUUUUGCCAGCCUCACAACCGAAAGCAAGAAACGUGUCGAAGUGAAGUUAUAUUUUAUGCUCAACGAUACUUUUAAAUACAAAAAUCUCCAAAGAGGUGAUUCUUCAAAAUAA